AUGUCUAUCACCAAUUCUCCGCUGAAAUUUAGGCGCCUUGUCUUGACCGGCGCUGUAACCGCUAUCACCAUUGCGGGAACACUCUACGGUGCUGGCUUAAAGACCGAGAAGGAGGUCGCCCAAAAAGUACAGAAAUCCCGAGAAGUUACCAUCGAUGAGCGAAUCGCUGUACUCCGCGACUUGCGCCAAAACCUCGUCGGGAAGAAAGACCUCAUUGAAAAGCAGAUGCACGACUUAGAUGCGAAGAUUGAAGAGAGGAAGCAAAAGGGCAUCGAUAACAAGAGAGUGUGA